UGCGUUCUGUUAUUUUAUGACGUGUGGUAGUCGUGGUUACACUGUUAAAUUUGAUAAUCACGAAAAAAUGGAUUGUUUUUCGGACGACAUGGGUUCAGCAGACAUGGAGAAUCUAAAGGGGCUCUCGCUGCGAGACCAGAGACUUCGUAUUGAACAACUAGAGAAAUUGAACCAGUCCGAAUACAAUGCCGCAAGGGACAUCUUGGAAAAUGAGCAAAAACCCCCCUGCGCUGCUAAGAUAUUGGCCAAUUAUCUGCCCAACACAAGGCCGGGCCUCCAGAACAUCGUGGAGAAGCAACAGCGUCAAUUGUGCACCCUGAUUGAGCAGCACAAUGGCUUGCAGUACACACUUCGGCUGAGAAAAUCCCAACUGCUGCAGAUGGAGCAGACCAUGGACAGUCUAGAGCUGGACAACAAUCCUGAUGGUGAUGAGCGACAUUAUGAUCAGCAUGUUCGGCAGCUGGAAAACUGCCUUGAGAAAAUGAGUAUCAAGAUCACUGAGGCAGCAAAUAUCCACAACACAUACCUUCAAGUGCAAGAGCACCUACACCGAGAGGUGAGGGAGAUGCCCCACGUCUUAGAGAAACUGCAGUCCACUGUGAUCUGUGGCCAGACGGAGCUCAGUAAAGUGGCCCAGAUGUCCCAGGCAGCCGUAGCUGCAGUGGAGAGCACUAAGGGGAUGCUGGUCCAGCUGGAGAGACAGCUGAUGAUGGAGCAUUGGGAAAUAGAGAAGCAGCUGAACAACAAGCUGCUGGAGAAAGAGAGGGAGGUGGAGGCGCGGAUGGACCGGGAGAAGGACACGGACAGGCGCAUCAGCCGUGGUCCACAGAAACUGAAGGAACAGAGGAAGUCAGUCAUACCCAAAGAUGGUCUCACUGACAUCACUGAGCCUACUGUCGUGCGAGUGGCCCAUCAGUCGGCUACUCAGCCCAAUGCACAGCAGUCCACUGUGAAGAUAGUUAAAGACAUGGAUGACCUAAAGGAGGCCCUCAGCUGUACUGAACUGCAGGAGCUGGAGGGCCGGCUGGUGUCCCAGAGGGCCACGCGCCAGCAGCUGCACACCCAGAUGACACAGUGUGAGGAGCUGCUGGCCCAGCAGCAGGAGGCCCUGGUGGCACUGGAGCUGCAGUACGCCCAGAGCAAGUUCAACCCUGGGCCCAGCAGCGAAAGAUUUGAGCAGAUGCAGACAGAGCUGUGUGCAGAGCUGGAGUGGGAGACCCAGCGCUGCCAGGAGUGGGAGGUGCUCCUGGCCAAGGCCAGAGCCGUGAUGCAGGGCGUGGAGCAGGGUGUCAACAACCUCUUCUACCGCAUCACCUGCCUGCCCGCCACUAAGGACGUGGCGGCGACCGAGGCUGGCCUGGACGCCGUGGAGAAGCUGCAGGAGAUCGACAGCCGCCUGACCUCACUGCCGGACGUGGAGCUGGAGAAGAGCGAGGAAGGCGGCGCCAGCGACAAGCUGUGGACGUUCCUUGUCCAGAGCACCAUGAUGGAGCCACGCAACUGCAAGCAAGCCAGCUGCCCUACCUACAACAGCAACUCAGAAGACACCUUCCAGUUCCGCAGUCAGGAAGAUGACUACUCCCUUAGUCGCGAUGAGAUCAAGCGAUGCAACAAGCAGCUUAUUGAGGCCCACCAGCCCAAUAAGAAAGCCAACAAGGGCCCCAAGAAGAGCUAAACGCUCAGGCCCACUCGGAGGGGUCGUGUGGAGGCAUGGGAGAGUGUAUCGCAAGAGUCCCAAGACAGCCAGAGGAGCUCUACGUAAAGCCCAAAGAAAAUAAACAGGCCAAUGCUAUCA